AUGACAGCAAGUACUUAUCUCGUCAUUUCGUUAAUUAUCGGUCGAGUCAAAAGUUUGUUACCUAUUUUCUUGCACAUCGAGCACGAAUCAUUUUCUGAUUCAUCAAAGUAUAUUCCGAUGGCGAAUCUAACAUCAAUGACUUCUAAUUACACCUCUCUAUUAUCAACUGAAUCCAAUCCUAUCCAAUUCUUCUUUACACACAUCUACUUGCUGUUAUUAGUAAUUGCCGGAUGUAUCGGCAAUGGUUUUGUUAUUAUUAUCUUCGGCCAACGAGCCUUACGAACAACAAUUGGAACAACGAUGUCCGUAUAUCCGUUUCUAUUCUACAUGGCUAUAUCAGAUACGAUGUAUUUAUCGGUAUUGUUUUGUUUAUGGUUGACAAAUUAUAUCAAUAUUUUACAUCGUCCAAUCAUUUGUCAAUCAAGUUUAUACCUAACGUACGUUUGUAAUUUUAUCAAUGCGUAUUAUACAGUUGCAUUCACGGCUCAACGUUUAUUUGCUGUUACACAGCCGAUUCGUGUUUCUUACGUUCUCUCAUGGUACCGAUCACGUUGUUUAGCUUUAUGCAUCGUUCUCAUUGCCUGUUUGAUCUAUUCGUACAUUCCAUUCAUUGUUGGUAUUGUCGGUGGAUAUUGUUAUUCCUACGAAAGAUUUCGUAAACUAAAUGCGAUCAUGGAUAUUAUCGACUGUUUGAUUGUUUUCCUCAUUCCGUAUAUGAUGAUUAUAACCAUGAAUGCAAUCAUCUUGAUAUCACUACGACGAAUGAGAAAUAACCAGCAUCAACUGUUGUUUCAAACGAACAACUGUCAAUUGAAGAAGUUUCAUGUUUUAACACGAUGCAAAGCGUCGCGUUCAAUGACCAAGUUAUUGUUAACUGUCUCGACAUCGUAUCUAAUUGUUUGCGCACCAUAUGCGUGUAUUCAUACAUGGCGUCUACUGUCUAAUGAUGAAAGAUUUCAAACGAAAUUUUUUAAACAAAUGGAACAUUAUUUUCAUUUGAUUUAUCACAUUUCAUUUGCGAUGAAUUUUUAUAUUUACAUUUUUUUCGGUUCAAAAUUCCGACGAGAAUUAAGACGAUUUUUAAUCAAAUGUCAAAUUAAAAUGUCGCAUUAUUUUGAGACGAUUAACGUUUAUGAUAAUGAUACGUCGAUCAAUCCGACUAAUUCAUUGAACUAUGAACAAUUUCAGCUGAUCCGUCAUCCAACAACAUCAUCAAUACGUACGACAGGUAGUUUUACAAUCGGAUACCGAUGGAAACAGCCACAACUAUAA